AUGUCUACAGAUAACAUCUUGCAAGGCCGCGAGAUGGCAACAGAUACUUGGACAAGGCGCUAUUGUUUUACGAGCCAGGCAGUCAUCAACGUUCAACGCUGGUACCUGCUCACGCGGAAGGAACACUUGUUUUCUGCGCUGAACAUCUUCCUCCAGGUUGUCUCCGCGGUGCCCCUCAUCGGCGGCAUGGCUUCUCAAAGGCUGUUCUUUAGCCCCAACUCGCCUUGCUAUGCUGUCAUACGCAUGGACCCCGUGGCGAUGGUAAGGAACCUGGACGACGCCGAAGCAAUGGACGCAGCUCGUGCCAUGGCACCGCAGUCCUACGUCGUCUUCCUCAGCCUCGAGCUAGAACUCCCAUUCCCAAACAAGCCGUGGUAUCGAUACGCGGUCAACGUCGUCGCACCAUCUCUGCGCGAAGAGGAUGCGGAAAAACGGAUCACCGCGGACAUGUGCAGCCCCAUAUAUCCGAACAGCCAACACCCUGCCGGCCGCGAACCUCUCCAUCCCGACAAACCCUUCCCUUACGCGAACUGCUACCACUGGUCGGGGGUAGAGAUGGAUAUCCGGGUGCUCGCUCGACCCGAGGAGUUUGAUCAAAACCAGGCGAUCGCGCUCCCUCUCCGCGAGUACAUGCGGUGGGACGAGCUUCAGUUAGAGGAUGCCUUGCGCAUGAUGAGCCCGGAAGGAUCUGUAAUUGAUGCCGAUGUGCCAGAAGACCUGUCGCGACUUCCAGCAGAACCGCCCCACGAUCCCACUGUCCCAAUACUGGACACUGCGUUGAGCUCCUGGGCACCCGUCGGCCCCAGCAUCCCAUCGACGGGAGACCAUCAGGCUAACGUCCCGAUGUCGACGUCCUCUCGAUCAUUGUCCGAUAGCUGUGAUACUCGCAGCGUCAACAGCGAGAGCUCGGAGAGCGAUCUCGACAGCGUCGACAGGAUCAUGGCAAUGGGCAUCUUCUCCGGCCCGAACCAGGACCUCGAUCUUCUUCCGCUCUGCGAGCUCUGGCUGGACAUGGCCCCGCAACUCAAGGAGGAAGACAUCCCGAACCCUACCGGGCUGUUCGAAGAGCGCGACGAGAUCGUCAGGAUCAUACAGGACGCGCGCGUUCGCGCGUAUGCAGCUAGAAACGCGGUGGGCCCACCAUCCGUUGCGCGCGAAGUGCAUGCACGCAACACGGACACCUCGGUCAAUAGCCAGUCACCCGUGGAGCGAAAGCGACGGCAUUUACGGCCGCGCAAGGUGUGGCGCAAGUUGCAUGCCCGUGUCAGAUCUCUGGCUUUGUCCCGCCUCUAA